CGUAUAAGUGGGUUAAAAUGCUUUGGGUUAAAAUUUCAGUAUAGGUUGAUAGCUUGAAGCAUUUGUCAAGACGGACUUAAUAGUUUAAUUGAGUUUCGACGACAUUAGUGCUUACAGGUCACUCGAGCGCGCGCCUGCCCUUUUCUCCAUAUUUAGUGUUUUUUUGUAGAUCGUGAUUGUGGGUUAAAACACUUUUAAUAGCCAUGCACAUCGCCAAACUGCCAGGCUCCGACGCACUUUCAGCACGAAAACACUAUGAGCUCUAUAAAUGAUACAUUGUUGAUAAAUAACGUGAACGCUUUAGUAAAAGAUGGUUUGUCUUGUCUAGUAGUAGUACGUUUGCCAGGUAAUAUUUACCACCAAAGCAUGUCUCCGUAUAUAAUGCUGUAUAUAUCCCUUGACUGCUUCGUGUGUCUUUGAAAUUAAUUUCUCUGGCUUGAGCAAAACAAUGCUCAUUUACUUAGAAGAAUUUAAAUUUUUUCCAUGUUGUAUUUCACUAAAUAACUAUUGUAGUGGUAUAGAAAUGACAAUUAGGGGAAUGUCGAAUGUUGCUGUCAGUUCCAGGCCUGCUUCUUGCAAAUUAAGUAUUUAGAAUUAUGAAUAUUGGUGGGAUACAAGUCUAUGCAGACAAAUACAGUACCAGACAAAACCUUCGAUGUGCCAAGUCCCCUACAAAGGAAAUACAACAGGAGGAGGAAUGAGAAAAUGACUGCAGAACAAUGACGGAAACGGGGUCGUGCAGUUCUGUAAAGCCAACCGACGACGGCCGGAAGACAUGGUCUUUUCGCAGCUCCACCAUAGCCAGGAGACCUGUGCUCAUGGAGCCGGACAUACAGGAACCUAACGCCGCUCCGGCCCGGCGCAGUGUCCGGCGCAUCAAGCGCACGGACAAGCUGCUGCAGUUUCUGUCAACUGCAAAAAGAGGCAGAGGGGCUAGGAGGCAGGCCCCCCCGUGCUCGGAGCGCUGCCAGCCUUCUUACCAGAUAGUGACCGCUGAUGCUGAAAGCACAUCUGAGCCAAACUCCCUUGAAGGUCACAAAGCCAAGGGUCCUGGGGAGACCUCCGCCAUCAGAAUGACUGCAGAGAGGAUGGCUGACCAGAGCCGACGAGCCAGGCGUGUUUCAGGCACCGGGAGUAAUAGCACAGACACGGAAGACAGCGAUGAGUUGACACUAAAAGAGCUGCAGGACCUUCUGAAGAAGCGCAAGAAGGGUGAGGCCAAGGAAGCAACAGGGCCCAGCUCAUUAGUGGCAUUUGAGCUGGAGAGCAAGAGACAGGAGGCCCAUGUAAGGGAACCUGACUCAGUGCAGCAUGCUGGUGGACAGGUUCCCAGAGGAGUGACUGUGGAGGCCACGCUGACUGAGGUGGGCCCACAGUCAAAAAUGGGAGGGAAACCCAGCAGGUGGAGAGAGAGGAGUGAAGAGCAGGAGGAAUACAUGGAGGAAGAGGAGUCUAGUCAAUCCGAUCCUGAUGCACUUUAUUGCGUUUGUAGGCAAAAACACAAUGAAAGUGCCUUGGCUUUUUGCAGGUUCAUGAUAUGCUGUGACUGCUGUGAGGAGUGGUUCCAUGGUGACUGUGUGGGCAUCACAGAGACAGAGGGACGGCAGCUGGAGGAAAAUGGCGAGGACUACAUUUGUCCCGGUUGCACAACACAGACAAUCCUUCCUGAUGAUACAAGUGUCCCAUCAGCCAAUGCUUGUGGUGGAAUAGGCACAACAAUAAAUCAGCCAACCACAGAAAUAAUUGGGCUACCCAAGUGUAUUGGGCCGGGCUGCAGGAAAAAUGCGCUGCCAGACUCCGUUUACUGCAGUAGUGACUGCAUUGUCCGGCACGCCGCAGAAGCUAUGAAGAAUCUGACUAACGUGAAGGAGCCCCGACUGAGACCGAAGCCAGACUUAAAAGUGCGGACUAAACUGGCACGGGGGAGCACUCCCAAGGACCAGAAGAGGUCUGUCCACCGAAGGCCGAUGAGUCACGGAGAGACGUUCAGCAGAGCAGAGGAGAAGCAUGACUUAUGCAGCGAUGAGGAGUGGGUGGAGGUGGACCAGAAGACACCUUACUGCUUCACGGAGCAUCAUGAAUACACAGUAAAGCUAAACAAGACCUCUACAUCUUUGUUUGAAAGGGAACAUGCAGAGGAAGAGUUCAAGAAGGUGCCUGUUUGCACUCAAAAUCCAUUCAUAACUGGUUCCCAGUCUCCUGAGUGUAGCAGGAAGCUCACAUCCCAGGGAGAUGCAGUGACUAGGGGGUACUGGCAGUCACCUGGAAACAGUGCUGGUGCUUCCCAAAAAUGCCCUCCCCCUCCUGCCGUGUAUUGGGGAAGCCUGGCUGCAGCCGUGGGGGAUACUCCUACUUCUCAGCUGUCGGCUUCACUUCCCGCUCACUGUCCUGUCUCCAGGGUGCCGAGUUUCAGCAGGGCUACCUACACUAUACCAAAAAGGCAUCUCCAUCUGCCCCUCUGCAAUCAGCAGCUAACCAGCACUCAGAUACCCUCCAGCUCUGUCUCAUCCGACGCGGCUCGCCCUCCACCAGUGUCCCUGGGCUUUCCAGUUCAAUCCAGGCCCCCCCAAACCAACACGAUGAGGCAAAGUAUCUGCCGCUCUUUCACAGAGAUCUUGUGCAAGAGGGUCAGUGACAGUGAUGACCUAGAAAUACCUGAGAGUGAAAUGGAAAGGCUUGCUUUUAGUAUUGAGAAGGAAAUGUUCAGCGUCUUCCUUGAUACAGACAGGCACUACAGAAAUAAAUACAACUCGCUUAUGUUCAGCCUGAAGGAUCCUAAAAAUAAGAGCCUGAUUUAUCGUGUUGUUAAGGGCGAAGUCACUCCUUUCCUCCUAGUGAGGCUGAGUUCUGAGCAGCUGUUGUCUGUGGAGAGAUCAGGACAUGAACAUGGGGAGGAACACAAAGAGUCUUGUUUUUCAGUUUCUGCAGACAGUCAAAGCAUGGUUGGUCCUGCCUCGGGCACUCAUUGUAGCCUGGUGAAGACCCCCACUGCUGAGUGCAGGAGUAAUCCAUCUGACUGUAACUCCAAGAUCAGGGCAGAUCAAAUGCCAGAUGAAGAGGAGCCAAACAUAUCCAGGUUCUCUGUAUCUUCUGCUGCUCAGCAAUUGGACCUAACUGUAAAGCAAGAUGGCUGGCCUUCUGGUGAAGAAGGUUCUUCUGGGGAACGGACUUCAGAUAAUCAGCCAGCAAGAAACAAACCUGUCAUCUCCCCUAAGGAUAUCCCAACCACAAUUACAUCUUCAUCUUUAAUUACGUCUUCAGCCGCCAUCAGCCGCCCAGGGCCAUCUUCUGCAACAAGUCAGGAACUGAGUCCUGUUGGCAGUUUGGCGACCUCCACCAUUUGUACCACCACUGAGUCAGUGACUGAGAUCAAACCAGUACAGUCCCUGAAUACACACUCCCCUCUCUCUCCUUCCAGAUUCCCCCAGCUGAAUCUAGCAUCUUUGCCUCACUUCACCUUUGAUUCCUCCAUCAGUAUGGCAGUUCCGCCCCAGAACAGGGACACCGCUCAGUUUCUCUCUGAGCAGCCGGUUCUCUGGAAAGGCUCUGUCAACAUGCACACCGUCACCAAGUUUGCUGCCAAGGCUUUUUUGGUCUCUGGAUCUUUUGAGUACCUGGAAAAGAAUUUGCCGUGCUCUAUACAGAUUAAUGGCCGUAUCUCCCCUAGCACAGUGUGGGACUAUGUGGGGAGGCUUAAGGCAUCUCUGUCAAAGGACUUGUGCCUCAUUCGUUUCUGCGCAUCAGUGGGAGAGGAGGAAAGGGCCUAUGUCUCGCUGUUCUCUUAUUUGAGCAGUAGAGGACGUUUUGGGGUGGUGGCCAAUAACAACUCGCACAUCAAAGACCUCUAUAUCAUUACACUAAAUGCCAAAGCCCCCAUCCCCUCCAAACUAUUACCUUUUGAAGGACCAGGACUGGAGUCAAGUCAUCCUGAUCUUCUUCUUGGGCUGGUCAUCUGCCAAAAGCCAAAGUGCUCUGCAGUCCUUUCAGAGAGCAAGGAUAAGAUACCAAAAGUUAAAAUCAUUGCAUCAGAAGAAGCUGCUCUCCCAUCUCAACAGCCUGUUCCCAGAUCUGGCAUGAAGCAUGGGAACGUAGAGCUGCUUGAUACCAAAGUAUCCUGUACAAGUCCAGAUUCCUCUGUCUGCAUUCACCCCCCUGUUUCCUUACAAAGUUCAUUUCUGACAUCACCAGCUGUGACACAGCAUUCAUCUGUCAGGUCGCCUUCUAAAAGUAGUUUGGUUACAAAUUCUCCACCCUCCACAUCUGAUAUUUCACCAUCUUCUGCUCCCCGUAAUGCAUUAUUUUUAAAGCAGAGGCAUAAUGAUGGUGCCUCAUCUCAUGGCUCUGUUGUUGAAAUCAUAAAACCUAAAGUCUGUGAUCCAGUAGAGCAAAUAUUUGAUCAGAUUUGCAAAGGUGAGGAAGAUGAUGAUAAUGACAGACCAUGCGAUCCAGAGAAAGAGUAUAAUACAGGGAUGGACAUGAAUGAAAUCAGGAGUAAUAGAGACAGUGUGAAUGAAUUUGCAGUGAAUCAAUCUACUGAUGCUUCAGCUGUCAAUGUUGAUGAUGGAGCCUAUGACCCAGAGGAUGGAAGUAUCUUUGAGGAAUUGCAAAGCCUCACUAUGGACAUCACAGCCCAAGUGAUGAAUUCACCCGACAGCAGAACUGCCUCUAGAAGUGACGUCUCAGUGCUGAUGGAAAAAAAGAAAAUGCUGGAGAAGCUGAACAAGGAAAUUGAAUUACAGAAACGGCAGCUGGAAGAGCAGGAGGAAACACUGCGUCAACAGAGAGCAGCCAUUGGCUUGUCUAUGGCCCAUUUUUCUGUUUCUGAUGCUUUAAUGUCACCACCUUCAAAGUCCAUACAGCUAAACAGUAGGCUGGUAGGGCUAGGCAGAAACCCAGUGGGACUACUGUCAAAGCAUUCAGCAGCACUAACAAUAGGCAGUAUAAGUAGUUCUAAAAAGAGCGAUAUCUUACACGAAACCACAAAUACAAGCCUGAUAUCCCAAUUUCUGCCAAAAGAGAAGACUUCUGCACAGGCAAACGUUUCAUGUGCAUACAGAUCAGAAGCAACCAUACAGCCACCAUCCCAGAAAGUUUCUUUCCUUGAUACCGAAAGUGCAGAAAUGUGCAAUCCAUUGUUUCACAAGAAAGAAGAUCCUCAAAUGGAAAAAGCUACACUUCAAAAACACAUCAUUAAAGCUGUGGAAGAUGGAAAAAAUUAUAGCGAGGAUGAGAUGGAAAGUAAUUCAUAUGUCUCUUGGGAAAAUUCAGCACACAUUUUAAAUACUUUAAGUCCUAAGUCCCAGACGACUUCUACCUUCAUGCCUGACACACAAUCAUCACAGCUUCCUGGAAUCACAAACUAUCUGGGUGAUAAUCGCGACCCUCUUAUUCCAACUGUGGGACUGGAAAACCAUGACUUUGGGACCACUUGGGAAAUGCCACCUCCUAUAACAUUACAGAAUCAAAUGGGGCAACACAAAGUACAGAAUGAAAGUGACCAGACUGGGCCCUCAGAUAUAUAUCCUCCUUUCCAGAACGACUUGAGAGACACUCAACAGCAGUCUAAUAGUUCUCAAAAAUUUGUAAAUAGAUCCAUCAUGGGACUAAGAGACGAUACCAAAUGUGAACAUACAGACCAAAGAUCACCUUCUCAGAACAUGAGACAGAUGGACCGUCAUUCAAGAGAAGCUACAGAAUGCCAAGUGCCUUCUCAGAUUUUUGAUGGGCAGAGACAUUCAUACCAAUCAAGGUUUAAAAAACCUAGGUCCGGUGUUAAUUAUUCUAGAACUAAUGUCCCUAUCCAUUCCGGUAGGACUCACCAGAACAAUUUUGGUGGUAGAGACCCUCAUUUUCCUGAUCUGAGAGUUUUCUCUUCCUCUAACUUAAUGAGCCAUGAGCCUCGGAAGCCUUUGUUAGAUACACCAAAAGACAUUGAGCUUCAAUAUCCUAACCACAAAAAUCAUUUUCUGAAUGAGAUGGAAAAUCAUAAUGUACAUGAAUCCUUGUGCAUGAGCCGAGACGCAUAUAUUUAUUCUCAAGAUCUUUAUAGUGUGCCUGCUCACAACAUGAGUGACUGGGGUAAAGGACCAGUGGAUAAUCCAUUUCCUCAGAGUCAAGAGAUGCCCUCCUCUCAACAUAGAGGGUCCUUUAGAGAUUACAGAGGGUUUCGCCCUUCUACACUCCAAGUGAAAGUAAGUCCUUCAUCCUCACAAUGUAGUGGUCCUCUAAACCAGCCCACUAAUCAUUUUUCAGGCUCUACUGAGCAAAAACAAUUCAAUUUUCAGCACCAGCAUCUUCCAUUGGAAGCAAGACCAACGCGGCGGUCUGGCCCUUUACUUCCUACGCCUCCUGAAUAUUUAAUUCAGAUACCUAAGCACAAUGGUCAGAGUUCAGGCUUUUAUUAUCAAGGCCACUGUAAUCGCUAUCCUGAUGUGGGGAGAAAAAGCACUUUCAGUAACAAUUCAGAGUUGGGGAACAAUGGAAUUAGGCUAAGGAGAGCGAGCGCAUUUCAGAGUGGCCGCCAUGAAAAGGAGAGUUUUAAGUAUUCUGAAGACUGGAGAAGAGAUCAGGGUGGAUUUGACAGCAAAGCAUGGACAACUGAUCUAGAAGUGGAUAAACCAGGAAGACCAGAAAGAUACCAAAAGAGAGACAGCAGAGGCAGGACAAAAGAUGAUGAUAUGAAGAGGGAAAACUAUCUCAAAAGACAUCAGAAAGGAGACAGAGACCGGAAUAGAGAGUGUGACCGCGACUUUGCGAAGGACCGAGACCGAGCACGUAAUCAGUCAAGAAGCAGAGACAGGGACCUUAGGAAACAUCUUGGACAUGACCGAACCAGAGGCCAUAGACCGGACAUGAAGAGAGAUAAAGACACUAGUAAAGUAGACACUAGUACUAUGUUACAAACAAAGAAAAAAAGGAAGGACCUGAAGUAUGAAAGUUGAAAGAAGAAUUGGGGGCCAGAAACAGAUUACUAUUGACAACAUUCCAGUAUCUCGAAAAUUUAUUUUGUCUAGAUGCUAAUUGAUAAUGGGCAUAAAUUAUGCACAAGAACCUAUAUAAUUUGGAAUAGGUUCUUCAGUUUGUAUAUUUUUGUUGCAUGUUGUUUGUCAAAAAGUUUUUCUAAUUUCAUCAUUUUAUUUGCCUUUGCACAACAUGAAUUUUGAUCUCAAUGGAGAGGCGCAGAAUACUUACAAUGUAGACUUGUAAUACAUCGGAUGAAAUGCAGUAUUUAUAAAACACUGCUUAAAUAGAUGUGUAAAUAAACAUCAUAGUACUUUAAAAUUAAUCUAUAUUAAAAUUGCAGAGCACAUGGGUUAGCAUUUUCUUGCAAGAUGUAAAAUGCAAAGCAGAAACCAAAGCAGCAGAGAUACGGCUACUAUUUGAACGGUUUCGUAGACUGUACUCUGGAGGGAGGCCUUAAAUCCAAAACUACAACCCAUGUCAUAUAUGUAUGUGUAACAGUAAUUCCAACAACAGCUGCAAAUGUGACAGUUUUUCUUAUUACAAAACAGCCUUGAUUUCCUCAAUUCUGUAGCUAUUCCGUUUUUUUUUUUUUGUUUACUUAAUUUGUAAAGAAUGAAAAGAAAUCAUCACAGCUACAACAUUGCGGAACUUAAUCAUCAUCUGUCAAAAAUGUCACUUCAUAAGGAAUUAUAGCUGAUGAAUAGUACGAGUUCAAAGUCAGAAAUUGUAUCUUGCAUUUCACAACUAUUUCAGAAGUUCUGUGUGUUGAGGUAUUGAGAAUAGAACUUCAAAGUUUUUUUUUUUGUGGUAUUGGAAAAAAAAUUGAUAUGAUGACUCUUGUCUGUGUUCCUCUGCAGAAGAGCAUCCUCAAUAAGGGAAGCUAAUCUUCUGCACUUCUCAAAAUCAUCCAGAGAUGGCACUAUAUGUCCAUGUUGGAAGAAAAGAACAAUUGUGAACACCAUCUGUACUGCAUACAAGAUUGUUUUUUUUUAUACAAGGAAACCCACACGAAUCACACGCCAGUGUCAUUUGGCAAUAAAUCAUCUCAGUAGCCAAUGCAAUGUUUGUUAGCACCAUAUUUUUAUUUUGUAUUUACUGCUGGGGCAUAUUUAAAUAAUCCAAUCACAUAUUACAGUUUCUUCACAUAUAAUUGUGUGUUUAUGUGGCGAAAAUCAGUGUUGAAUUACUAACAACUGGAAUGCAAAAAUUCAAUAUAGUGUUGGAUACUUAGAAAAGAAUGAUUUACUGAAAAGUGGCUUUAUUCAAUCUUUCUUACAACAUGGUGCUAUAGCAUUUACUGUACAUACUGUACAACACUCACCCGCAAGUAAUAAAUAUUAUUUAAAAGAA